AUGCUCCAGAACAUCCAUUUCCUCGCCCUGGUCACACCCCCUCCUUGUAUUCCCUACAUUAUAACCCUGAAGCACGGCGACGGGAACCCUCAGAAGAAGUUCCUACACAAGCAAGUGACCGCUACACACAUGUGCACCGGCGGCCCAUGCAGCGUCGAAAAGGAGGAUAGCGAGACCUACACCAUUGAAUGGAGCGCCUCUAUCGCCGACCCGCGAGGCUUCUUCAGCGCCGGCUUCGCCGUCUCCGAGGCCAUCAUCACAGGUGUGACGAAGGCCUGCAGCAACUAA